AUGCUCCAUUCAACAUUGGCCUUGUCUCUCCUGCUAAUUGCGGUCUCUUCCAACCUUGCGAUGGCAAUCAAAAAGGAAAAAAGAGCACCUCAGACACUGUCAAGAGGAUGGGGAGACGAAAUCAUCUGGGUACAAACUUAUGAAGAAGGACUUUAUCAAGCAAAAAAAGGUAACAAGCCACUGAUGGUCAUUCAUCAUUUGGAAGACUGUCAAUACUGCCAAGCACUGAAGAAAGCUUUUGCAGAAAAUGAAGAGAUACAGGAAAUGGCCCAAAAUAAAUUCAUUAUGCUGAAUCUCAUGCAUGAAACCACAGAUAAAAACCUGUCACCUGAUGGCCAGUAUGUGCCUCGAAUCAUGUUUGUAGACCCAUCUCUCACAGUGAGAGCUGAUAUCACUGGAAGAUACUCCAACCGGCUCUACACUUACGAACCACAAGACAUACCAUUCUUAAUAGAGAACAUGAAGAAAGCACUACGCCUUAUUCAGACAGAACUGUAA